AUGUCAGAAGCCACAACUUGGAAUCGCCCGCUCAACCAUGUGGCAGUAUCAGUGCCCGAUGUCCAGGCCGUGGUAGACUGGUACAGCACCCACCUUGGGUUCCGACUUCUCGGCAAGAUCGCACACAUCAAACGGUCGAGGGAUCCGGACGCCGCUAUCUUUGCCAUCUACCCGUCGAGCCUGAACGAAGUCAAGCUGGCGUAUAUGUCGACCGGGAAUGGCGUCGGGUUUGAGGUGUUUGAGUUCGUGGACCCUAAGCCGGUCGCAGCGGAGCGCAAAUUCCAGUAUGAGCGCGCCGGCUUCUUUCAUGUUUGUAUCACCGAUCCCGACCCGGACGCCCUGGCGGACAGGGUUGUCGGCGCCGGUGGUAAGAAGGUUGGCCAGACUGUCGAUCCCGGUAACGUCGGCGUCAAGUGUCUUUACUUGGCCGAUCCGUGGGGAAAUAUUGUCGAGGUCUUGUCGGUCAGCUUCGAGUGGUUGGCGUGCAGAACGGCCUUUUAG